GCGGCGGCGGCGGGUGGCGGCAGCGGUCAGCGGUCGGCCAUGGCGGAGGCGGAGGCCGGCGGCGACGAAGUCCGCUGCGUGCGGCUGAGCGCCGAGCGGGCCAAGUUGCUGCUGGCCGAAGUGGACACGCUGCUGUUCGACUGCGAUGGCGUGCUGUGGCGCGGCGAGACGGCCGUGCCGGGCGCGCCGGAGACUCUGCGGGCGCUGCGGGCCCGCGGCAAGCGACUGGGCUUCAUCACCAACAACAGCAGCAAGACUCGUACGGCCUACGCGGAGAAGCUCAGGCGCUUGGGUUUCGGUGGCCCGAUGGGGCCCGAAGCGGGCCUCGAGGUCUUCGGCACGGCCUACUGCAGCGCGCUCUAUCUGCGCCAACGCCUGGCCGGCGUGCCGGACCCCAAGGCCUACGUGCUGGGCAGCCCGGCCUUAGCCGCGGAGCUGGAGGCCGUGGGUGUCACUAGCGUGGGCGUGGGCCCGGACGUGCUUCACGGCGAUGGCCCAAGCGACUGGCUAGCCGUGCCGCUCGAACCCGACGUGCGCGCGGUAGUGGUGGGCUUCGACCCACACUUCAGCUACAUGAAGCUUACCAAGGCCGUGCGGUACCUGCAGCAGCCCGACUGUCUGCUCGUGGGCACCAACAUGGACAACCGGCUCCCGCUAGAGAACGGCCGUUUCAUUGCGGGUACCGGCUGUCUGGUGCGAGCCGUGGAGAUGGCCGCCCAGCGCCAGGCGGACAUCAUCGGGAAGCCUAGCCGCUUCAUCUUCGACUGCGUGUCCCAGGAGUAUGGUAUCAACCCGGAGCGCACCGUCAUGGUGGGAGACCGCCUGGACACAGACAUCCUCCUGGGCUCCACCUGUAGCCUGAAGACUAUCCUGACCCUCACCGGAGUCUCCAGUCUUGAGGAUGUGAAGAGCAAUCAGGAAAGUGACUGCAUGUUCAAGAAGAAAAUGGUCCCUGACUUCUAUGUUGACAGCAUAGCCGACCUCUUGCCUGCCCUUCAAGGUUAAAGAUCUCGUGUCUUUAAUCUCUGGAAUAAAAAAAAAAAAAAAAAGAAAAGAAAAAGAAAAUCAGCUACCUAAAUUAAUAGGUGGGGCUUAGGAAUAGCUGAGUUAGGUGGCUGCAGGUUAACUGAAGUAAAGGCGGUAGUUAAUCUUGUAAGUAAGUGUUGGGGGGAGGUGUUGUUUACAGAGAAUUAUAUUUUAAGAUGCACUUUUAAGCUUGGAAGGCAUUAUGAGGUGGGCAUAGCACAUGCCCAACGUUCAGGUAACCUCAGGCUCUGUUGCUCCGACUGAAGUGGGUCAAGGGUUGUGUCUUGCUUUUUACUGAAGUGUAGUCAGGGAUCAGGCCCUAAGGUGGGCAGAGUAAAGAAAAGGGGCUCUGAAGUAACCAAACACUGGGGUUUCCCCUAAUGUGAUCAUGCAGCAGAGGUGCCUGUUACUGUACCCCAGUUCCUCACCUUCGGGGUGGGAGCGCUCUAUUGUUGGGGUUUGGAUGCUGCUCUUGACAACCUCCACUCACUCUGCUUCUUUGAAAACCACUUUGACAUCACAGUUGUCUGUUCUGUUUCAGAUGCCCAGCACUGCAGACCCCCAUGCACAGUAACAGCAGCCCAGCUAAACUUUGGCUGUCUUGUGUGAAUUUAACCCAGGUGUCAUAGUGUGGCCUGCUGAGCAGCCAAUUGGGUCCGGAGGGCCUGCCCUGGGCUCCGUGCUGCUUUAUGGGAGCUCAGAACAGUGCUUACUUCUUCAAACUAGUGAAUGGCAUUGUCAAGUGUGGAAUUGGAUCUUAAGUGUCUGAAUUAAUAGCGCUGCUCUGUCUCAAGGGUAAACCCCACUGAAGAAAUCUCAUGCCCCAGUCAGCAGCACAGCCAGUGUGCAAGUCAAGGAUUGCCUUGUUUCCCAGAGUACCCUCUGGGUAGGAAGGAAUGAGGAGCCCAGAAGAUAGUUAAGUCUCUAAGAAAGCAUACAAUUCCCCUUGUCCAGGUCACUUUCGGUUGUGCAUGGGUUAAGUAUCGGUGCUCCUUGAUACCACCACCAAUCUCGAUCUUGGACUUCCUUGUUGGUAGCCAGCCAUAAGGCCUACCAACCACUUGGCUUCUCAACAUCUCUGGCCUUUUCCUCUGCUCUUCAAGUCCCUGACCUUUAGCAAUCUGCUGAGCAGACUGGGAAACAUUCAUGGGGCAUACCCGGGAAGUUGCUCCUUUUGGCCGACUCCUUUCUGGCACCUUGCCCUGUACCAAGUGGCUACUCUCAUGGUCACAGUACUUCACCUGUUCACCAAGUUCUCAGAGCAAUAAAAGUCUGAAGCUGCUCACAGGCCGGGUGGGAGUGGAAUGGUGCCAUAGAUCAACAUGAUGGCAGUAGUGCCUGUAACAUUGGUGGUGCUGAUCCCAAGUCUGAAUAAUGACCAGGCUUGGCAGAUGUGCAGCCAGGGAUGCCCUCUCUGGGCAGAUGCUAGAGAACCUAUGUGUGUUACAUUUCCAGCUUGUCUUGCUGUGUGACCUCAAAUGCACAUUAAACUCAAACCCACAAUGAUUA